GUUUUUCCUCCUUUAUCUAUUUAUUUGACGACUUACGACUCCGAACGCAGACAGUCCACGAGAUCGAAACGCACCACACAAGCACCACAUUCAUUUCUCAUCUCACUGGAAUCUGUUUCAAAGGAGCCUCAGAUCCUAAUUAUAUUAUGCUCACACAUCGCGGAUUCUCAGCCUGGAUAACAGUGGGCGACAAACCCCUUCCAGAGUAUCUCGUUGCCUAUGAUUCUGCUGCCAACCGCUUGUCUUGCUGGAUUCCAAGCGAAGAAGGUCAGAAAUUCGCUGUGUGUUGGAGAGACCAUGGUAGCAAAGUGGACUCUUGCGGUUUUAUCACUCUGGAUGGUCACAUUGUUCCGGGACGUUUCUUAUUCGGGGAAGGGUUUACUCAGAGAUCAGGAUUCAGGACAUCCAGAACAACAGAGCGACCUUUCCAAUUCCAAAAAGUGCCUGAUAUUGUUGGAGAUACAAUCGAUCAAGCAGCAAACAAAGAAACAGGGAUGAUAAUUUUGCGAAUCAAGAGAGUCGUUCGGAUUUCAAGCAGGCCACCAAACCUAAUCCAAGACACACCACCGGUGUUGGCUCUUGGUAAGCGUAGGCCAGGGGAUAUAUGUGUAGGCCUGGGGGAAGAAACGGAAUCCCUUCAGUAUGGCUCGACUUGGCAUGUCGUACCUCAUGGCAAGGACUCGCCUAGCCGCAAAGUGCCGAGCACGUAUGUAUCUUUUGUCUUUCGUUACAGAACAGCUGAAUUUCUCGAAGCUCAGGGGAUCUCUACAGAGCGAAAGCCCAUCAUAGCUCCUUCGCGUAGGGUAGCUAGUCUUCCCCCCAGUAUGAGUACGCCGCCAUCACAUAUUUCGGAUCUUCCGAGGCUGCCCAGGUUGACGACGGCGGUGACCAACCACUACCCAAAUGCUACAUAUAGGCGGCCAUCCAUCGAGCUGAGAAGAACAGUUAGCUGGAAGGCUACUGCGACAACAUCGAACAACCCUGGUGUCCAAAGAUAUUUUGUCCUUGGGGCUGGCCUGGAACUAAAGGUCGAGCCUAGUCAAGAAGUUAAUUUCCAUGCCGAUUCUUUAGCUCUCGAGAGUGCAGGAAAUCAAGGGAACUGAGAGCCGCCAUGUAAGCCCGCUACGCUAGUGGGUCUUACCUUUCUCUUUCUUCUCCCCCGCCAUCUUUUCCUCUCACCGUUAUAACUUUUUCUUUCUAGUUAGUUAAAAUCUUGUUUUGACCGAAGUACAGUUUAACUCCUGUUCCCUUCCCUUGCAUUAAAGUACAUAUAUAUUACACAAUCGACAAGGCA